AUAUAAUUAUCACAAAUGGGGCAGCACUUGUCAGAACCAGUCACAGAAAAAAAGACAUCUGGAUCAUCCAAUUCCCAAUAUCGAUCUGCAGCAACGUCAAUGCAAGGAUGGAGAAUCAACAUGGAGGAUGCUCAUACACAAAUUUUAUCCUUGAAGGAAGAUAAAGAUGCUGCAUUUUUUGCUGUUUUUGAUGGCCAUGGUGGUCAAAGGGUAGCUCAUUAUUGUGGAGAAAACUUACAUAAAGACAUACUACAGACAGAGGAGUAUAAGAACGAAGAAUAUGUGCAAGCAUUAAAAAAAGGUUUCCUGAAAUGUGAUGAAAAUAUGACGCAUGAUGACCAAAUGCAAGAUGAAAUGUCUGGUGCCGCUGCUGUGUGUGUUUUGAUCAAAAAUAAAAAAAUAUACUGCUCAAAUUGUGGUGACUCGAGAGCUGUUGCAAGUGUUGCUGGAAAAGUACAAGAACUCUCUUUUGACCAUAAACCGAAUAAUGAAAAUGAAGCAAGAAGGAUAGUUGCAGCUGGUGGUUGGGUGGAUUUAAACAGAGUGAAUGGAAAUCUAGCUUUAUCACGCGCCAUGGGAGAUUUUAUAUUUAAACGAAAUAGCAAAAAACCACCCGAAGAACAAAUUGUAACAGCCUACCCUGAUGUUAUUGUUAAAGAUAUUCUUCCAGAACACGAGUUUGUAGUGGUAGCUUGUGAUGGAAUAUGGGAUGUGAUGUCAAACCAGGAAGUAGUAGAUUUUGUUCGUAAAAGACUUGCUAAUCGUUCCCCACCUGAGCAGAUUUGUGAAGAACUGCUUGAUCAUUGCUUAGCUCCUGAUUGUCAGAUGGGAGGGAUAGGCUGCGACAAUAUGACAGCCAUUAUUGUUGCGAUGCUCCAUGAUCAAACAUACGAAGACCUUGCAGAGAGAUGUUCGCAGCCAGCCGACGCGAAAGUUUUAGAGAAAUACGAAAGCGAUAAAAAAAAAGAAAACAUCAUGAAUGGUAUUCCUGAAGAACAUUUUCUUAAUGAAAACGAUGAAAUUGAUAUCACAUAGUUCGCUUAUUUCGCUUCGCUUAACAAGGAUGCCCCGUGUGUUAAUUAUUAUUUUUGGGAUUUCAUGCCAAGUCUCUCGUCAUAGAAUUUUAAUAGAAUUUUACUUUUAAAAAAAGUUUUUAGUUUUUUUUCGAUGUUUUUAUUGUUUACUUGCACUGUACUAGUUUUAUUUAAUUUAUACAUACGAUUAAAUUUAUCUUCUCUUAGCAAAGUUUGAAAUAUCAACGAAUAUUUCUCGGUUGGACUCGGUUGUUUUCUGUGAAAUUUGUCGUUCACUUUGUUCAAAACAAUUUGACAUACAGAAUUUGUGCGAUUAUAUAAAAUUGAACUUUAAAAGAAAAAGAUAGUUGUUAAUAACCUUUUUUUUUCGGACGCGAUUACUUUGCGACAUAUCCCAUUGUCAUUGAUGUUUAUACUCUGUUGAUAUAAUAUAUUUUUUGUGGUCUUGUAAAAAAAAAUGUUUGUUUGAGUGUCUCCAUUCUUAACAUCUUCUCAAGGUUAACAAACACGAAUUAAAUGAGAUCUCAUAAACACUAUACCUCUGAAAUCUACUGUUUACAAAUAUAAGUUUUUAAAUUAACUUUUUUGCUUACAAUUAGCACAAUAUGUCAAGCAAUAAUCCUUUUGACUUGACCUUAGAUACAUUUUUUUUUAAUCCUAACAACUGUUUUGGUUGCCAUGGUAGAUAUCCUUGCAAACAAAAAAACAUUGCUGGAAUACUGCACAAAUUUUGUUUAAUUCUUCUACUGUUAUGUUGAUUAUUAUUUUUAUUAUUAAUAUGUAAAAGUUUUUAAUGUUUAUAGCCAGUGAAAUAGAACAAAAUAUUUUUUAUUCUGUCUAGUGUCAAUUUCGCAUUGUAUGUACGUUGUAUAUACUUCUCCUUUGUAAUACUUUAUAUACGCCAUGAAAACUGUAUAUUUUUGCAGGGAUUUGCUUAUGUAAAACUCUGUGAUGGAGAACUUUAUAUUUUCCCGUGGAAAGUAAACACAGUGUAUUUACCGUAACUUAAGAAUGUUUUCCUUAAUGUUUAAAA